CCAUAGCUGUUUCAGAGACAAGGAUCUGCAAAGUUUAGAACGAACCAAAUUUAAAAAAUCUCCCUUAUAUCGAGGUUGACAGAAGUUCUCUACUCCAAUAAAUUUGAAAAAAUAUUAAAUAUUGUUAGCUAGCAAAUUCAGCACUUGCUGAAAACCUCCAGUUUUAUUUAAAAGUGUUUUUGUGUUGCUUACAAUAUAUUACGGUACUAAUUUAAUUACAUUUUUAUUGUGGCAAGGAUUGUGCGUGAAGUAAUGUGUUAGAGAGUGAUAAGCAUGAAGAUUUUUACAAUAUUAACAAUUCUUGCCUUUACCUCAGCAUAUAAGAUCACGCAACUAAAGGUGCCGCUGUAUGCAGACCCGCGGCGAGCUGCAGAACUCAUCUGUGAUUUUCAGAUGAAUGACGAGACUCUACACUCUGUCAAGUGGUACAGAGAUAUGCAUGAGAUCCUUCGGUAUAAUCCCUCACAAGAGCCUUCGAUAAGAUUAUUUAACGUUACGGGAAUAAUUGUGCAAGGCGGUGAGUGCCAGGCUGAAUGGUGUAUGGUGCGAGUAAUGCCUUUACCGUUCUCCGUCCGAGCGGCAUUUACUUGCGAGAUAUCCACCGAAGGACCAAGAUUCCAGAUAGCGAGACAGACCAAGCACAUGACUGUUGUCGCGAUGCCAGAGAGGGAUCCUGUCAUAAUUGGAGCUCCCAAAUUAGUGAGACCCGGAGAGCAUGUACUGCUUAAUUGUAGCUCGGACUUCUCGCUGCCACCUGCAGAUAUCAAUUGGUAUAUUGGUAACGAGGUUCAAAAGCAAGAGCUGUGGCAGCGUACGGAGCUAAGUUUACCCCAAGCGGGAGGUUUACGUGCCUCCUGGCGCGUACUUCAUCUUGCAGUCCCGAAAGAGAGCGGCGCAGUGCGUGUGCGCUGCGAGGCUGUGUUGCCAGUGGAGCCACCAGUCCUACGUGAUACUAGCGUUGUCCUUACACUCUAUUCACGCACGCAACUCUCCAAAUACGUUGCCAACACAGGCGCAAGAAUCGACAUUCAGUUAGUGUGGGCGACGAUGUGGGUAUAUGCUCUUAUAGUAAUAACCUUAUGAGGCACAAAUAAGACACGUUAAACAUGUAGUACUACGGUCAAAAGUACUAAAACUAAUCGAAAUUUUGAUAGUCGCAUUGUGAUUAAGGCAAAUGAUUAGCUUGUCAUGAUUCGCUAGUUUUAAUAUCUAGACACAGCGAUUGUUUAAGUGAAAUUAAGAGGAUAUGGGGCAGAGAAGUUUGUCCGUGUCACUUAUAAUGUUACCUGAAUGUUAUUGUUGGGAGAUUUUAAUCAGAUAACACUGAAUCACGGUUAUUAUUAAUCUUAACCAAA